AGACAUUGAACAUUUUUUGAUUGGCUUUGAGCGAAUAGCCAGUGCAAGUGGUUGCCCUAGAGCAGAGUGGGCAAUGCACUUAGUCCCGUUGCUUACGGGUAAGGCUAAGGCAGCUUAUAUAGCCAUGGACUUUGAAGAGACAAUGGACUAUGAUAAAGUCAAGAUAGCAAUCUUAGACAAAUUUGAGAUUAACCCAGAGACAUACAGGCAGCGCUUUCGCUCAUGGGAUGUGCGGCCAGAUGAAACACCCAAGGAACUGUAUGUUAGGCUCAAGGAGCUUUAUGAGAAAUGGGUGUGCCCAAGAGCUCAUUCCAAAGAAGAGAUUGGUGAGUUGCUUAUCCUUGAGCAGUUUCUCCAAAUGGUGAAUAGUGAAGUGCGUCUGUGGAUUAGGAAGCACAACCCCAGAACUGCCAAAGAAGCGGUCAGUCUGGCAGAUGCCUUCAUGUUAGCGCAAAGAGGCUCAAGACCAUACAAGUUGGGGCCAAGCCGGCCAUACAAUGCACCAACGCCAGGCCCAAGCCGUCCAUACAAUGCACCAACAUCAGGCAGGACAGAGGCUGGACAGACGGGGCGUGAGCAGAAGUGGCGUGAGCAGAAGUGGGAGCGGCCCAUACAGACCAACCGUGAAGAGUGGGUUUGUUAUCACUGUGGUCAGGCAGGCCACAUCAAGCCCAAUUGCCCUCUUCGAAAGCCUAAGGAUGGCCAGGUAUGUUGCAGGCCAAACGAUGGCAUCACUGAUUGUCUUGAGGAACAGUGGGAGUCCGUGGUGGAAGUGACCAUUAAGGAGGAGCAGCUUAAAGCUCUGGUUGACACGGGUAGCAGCCAAACCCUAGUGGGGGCUAAGUGGGUCCCAGAAGAUGCAAUCCAUAUAGAACACACUGUUAAGAUACGCUGUGUACAUGGAGAUGUUAUGACUUAUCCUACUGCUGACAUUUACAUGCAAAUUGGAGAGCAGGAGUAUCUGGUGUCGGUGGGGGUGGUCGAGCACUUACCAUAUCCAGUGGUGUUGGGAAGAGACCUCCCAGGGCUGUUGGAGCUGGUGGAGCCGGUGAAGUCCUGUAAUGUGGCUGUGACGAGGUCCAAAGCCAAGGAGAUGGAGAAAGAUGGGUUAUGGGAUGCAUUGCCAUUUUUUGAACCUCCAUUUAAGGUGCCGAAGACCAGGAGUCAGCGGAGACAGGACCGGUUCAGAGGGACGAAGGUCCAUGAGACGCUCCCAGCGCCUGACCCAGGUGAGCAUAACUCCUUUACCUUGCCACCUAACGUCAGAGAGCUGCAGAAUUCAGAUGAGACACUUAAUAACUGCUUUAAAGACUUAUGUGCAGACUCGGAGGGAAAUGGAGAAUCAGCCAAGUUCAGACUGAAGCAAGGGAUCUUGUAUCGCCAUGCAGAUGGAGGAGAGCAGCUGGUUGUACCUAAAUCACUCCGGGCCACCGUGUUAGGGCUGGGACACUCUGUGCCGUGGUCAGGUCACCUGGGGCAAAACAAGACGUGGGAGAGGGUUGCCAGAAGAUUUUAUUGGCCCAAUAUGUACACAGACCUCAUUGAGUUUUGCAAGACCUGUCCACAGUGCCAACUGGUAGCGCCAGGCCGCAAAGGUAACAGAGUGCCACUAAUACCUAUGCCUAUUAUUGAAGUUCCUUUUAGUAGGAUUGCUAUGGAUAUCGUGGGUCCCCUGGAGCGCAGCCGGAGAGGCAACCGCUACAUCCUGGUUAUUAUGGAUUAUGCCACAAAGUACCCAGAGGCAUUCCCCCUCCGACACAUCAAAGCCAGACAGGUAGCCAAUGCAUUGCUGCAACUGGUCACCAGGGUGGGGAUUCCACAGGAGGUACUGACAGACCAGGGCACCAACUUUACAUCCAAGUUGCUCAAGCAGGUUUAUCAGUACCUGGGCAUCAAAGCAAUCAAAACCACCCCCUAUCAUCCUCAAACUGAUGGGCUGGUGGAAAGAUUUAAUCAAACCUUAAAGAAUAUGUUGCGCAAGUUUGUGGCAGAUUCAGGUGCUGACUGGGACGAAUGGCUGCCAUACCUCCUUUUUGCCUAUCGAGAAGUCCCACAGGCUUCAACAGGCUUCUCCCCAUUUGAGCUCUUGUAUGGGAGGCAGGUGAGAGGUCCACUGGACAUCCUCAAGGAGGCGUGGGAAGGCCAGCAACCCCAGCAAGGUAUGAACAUCCUUUCAUAUGUACUGAAAAUGCGCAAUAAAAUGGAGUCUCUUGCAGAACAGGUUCAAGAGAAUAUGAGGACGGCCCAGGCAGUGCAGAAGCGCUGGUAUGACCAGACGGCGAGGGAACGCACAUUCAAGCCUGGACAACAAGUGUUGCUGUUGCUACCAACCGCUGAGAGCAGUCUCCUGGCGAAGUGGCAAGGACCCUUCACAGUGGAGCGGAAGGUAGGCACGGUAACGUAUGAAAUUCUUAUGCCAGGAAGAAGGAAGGGGAAGCAAAUCUUCCAUGUCAACAUGCUGAAGGAGUGGCGUCCUAGGGAGGCAGCAGUGGCGCAUCAUCUCUUGGCCAGGAGAGUGGACGAGGAAGAGGAGCAGGACGAGCAGUUUUUCCCGGUGGAGCAAGGACAUGAGGUGAGGUCAGAUCUGUCCCAUCUCUCCCCAGGGUGCCAACAGGAGCUGGAGGCGUGUAUCCCAGAGGGGCUUUUCACGGAGACUCCAGGGCGGACGCCGCUGGUGGAGCACCACAUCAGGCUCAAGGCACCAGGACCGGUGAGGUUGCCAGGAUACCGCAUCCCUGCUCAGCUCCUCCCGAAAAUCAGGCAAGAGGUGGAGACCAUGUUGGAGAUGGGCAUCAUUGAGCCCUCCCACAGUGAAUGGUCAUGCCCAAUUGUGCUAGUUCCUAAGAAGGAUGGAACCAUGAGAUUUUGCAUGGAUUUUAGAAAGUUGAAUUCGAUAUCUGCUUUUGACCCGUAUCCUAUGCCUAGGGUCGAUGAGCUGAUUGAUCGGUUGGGUUGUGCAAAGUACCUGACUACCCUGGACCUCAGCAAGGGAUAUUGGCAGGUACCCCUGGCUGCGGACACCAAAGAACUGACGGCGUUCAGAACUCCCUUUGGUUUCUAUCAGUACACCAUGAUGCCUUUUGGCCUGCAGGGGGCGCCAGCCACAUUUCAGCGCCUUAUGGAUAAGGUGCUGGAGGGGGCUCGGGAGUACGCGUCAGCGUACCUUGACGAUGUGGUGGUCUUCAGUCACACCUGGGAGGACCAUCUGACCCAUGUCCAGGAGGUGCUGAGGAGGAUCCAGGCCGCAGGACUGACAGUGAACCCCAAAAAGUGUGCCCUGGCUCAAGCAGAGGUGAAAUACCUGGGGUAUGUCAUCGGUGGAGGCACCGUGAAGCCUCAGCUCAGCAAGGUCAGUGCCAUUCUGGAAACCCCCAGACCAACCACGAAGAAGCAAGUGCGCUCUUUUCUGGGUGUUGUGGGCUGGUAUAGAAGGUUUGUUGAGAACUUUUCCAAUAGGGCAGCCCCUUUGAUUGAAUUGACCCGUAAGUCCAGUCCAAAUCAGGUGGUGUGGUCUGAAGACUGUGACAAAGCUUUUAAUGAUUUGAGAAGUUGUUUGUGCAGUGACCCUAUUUUACAGAACCCUGACUUCAGCCAGCCGUUCACCGUGCAGACGGACGCGUCUGGAGUGGGCCUUGGUGCUGUGCUGCUGCAGGGGGAGGUAGGAGAACAAAAGCCGGUGGUGUACCUCAGCCGGAAGCUCUUCCCGAGGGAACUCCGGUAUUCCACCGUGGAGAAGGAGUGCUUGGCGUUAAAGUGGGCCGUGGACUCGCUGAAGUACUACUUGAUGGGGAAGGACUUCAUCCUGGAGACGGACCACCGUGCUUUGAAAUGGCUACACCGGAUGAAGGAUACCAACUCCAGGGUCACCCGGUGGUACCUAGCACUGCAGCCCUUCAACUUCGAAGUCCGGUACAGGGCUGGACCUGAGAACACAACGGCGGAUUACCUUUCUCGGGUUUUCGAGGACGAAAAUCCUUGA